AUGUGGAACAGCUCAAAUGAGAAAAAGAAUGAAAAAUCAGAUUAUGACUCAGAGAAAGACAGCACAGGCGUGCCAAAAGACAAGCUGAACGCAUCUGCGCAUAGAAGCCCGUCAACAAAGCCAAUAGAUGUAGAUGAGACGAACAAAGCAGCAAAAGAGGGAAAAAACAGUGAAAUAAACGACAGCUUAUUAGAUAUGAACAACAAUAAAACAGAGAGCGACGAAAGUGAAGAGAGCAAAAAUAAAAAAAACAGCAGUGAAGAGAGCGAAAAACAAGAAAAAGGAGAGAGUGCUCAGCAGAAGAAAAACAUUGUCCAGCAGAAAGAGGAAGAAACAAAGAGAUCAAUAGAGCGGAGCAUGUACAGCAGAGACCCAAACUUUGGAAACACGGGAGCCUCUGGGCCAAACCAGAGCGCAUCUGGCAGUUUCAGAAAGCUUCUGCUGCCAAGAACUCCGAGAAAGUUUAAGAGCCCAAUUAGUCUGCAAACUCUCGGAAUGCUGGUAACUAUCGCCUUUUUUGGAACGAGUUUGUAUCUUAUGCUGAAAGGCCGCGGAGACGAUGAAGAAAAGUCAAAGAGCGAUGAGUACUACGAGAAAAACUUUAAUACAUUGGCCCAGAGGUACGGACGAAUCACGCCAAACGACUGCAAACAAGGGGCAUACUACGGUCUUGAUAAAGUGUUUGACGGGUACAUGCAGCUGAUCUUCCCCUAUCUGAUCGGAGAGAAAGACGGCAUGAACAGAGCAGUGGAAAUGCAGAAGGAAGUGCUCAAGAAAAACAUGAUCAUCUACGGGCUGCCGGGAACGGGAAAGUCUUUCUUUGCGUGUAAGAUCUUCCUGCAGGCUGCGCUGAACAUAAAAGGGCAGCAGCUUCUCACUAAGCUGAAGACAACAAGGCUGUUUUUCGAUGAAGGAGAGGGAAUCCAGAACAUGAUCAAAGAUCUGUACGACUGCAAUGAUACAGUGGAGAUGUACAACAUAAAUCCAUCUAUGUUUUUGACUAAGCUGGUUGGAGACUCUGAGAAAUCGCUGAAGCUUUUUUUGAACUUCAUAGACUGGAGACAGAAGCAUAUUCCUGUCUUUAUAUUCAUGGACGAGGCAGAGGCCCUGCUGGGCGCCAGAAGAUCGUCCAAAGGAGGAGGAGACGAUGUGUCAAACAACCUGAAGAACACGUGGCUUACAUGGCUCGACGGAAUAGACACAAAAAAUCACAAAAGAGUGUUUGCGAUGGCUGCCACGAACUACUACGAUAGAAUAGAUGGGGCCAUUCGCAGAAGAUUUGCAUCGUAUUUGGGAAUUCCUGUCCUGACGCCAAAAGAAAGAGGCGAGAUGCUGAAGAAAACGCUGUAUGAGACAAACAUUAUAGAGUCCUUGACGCCAAAACAGAAAAAAGAGCUGGUAGAGUACACCCGCGGAUUCUCAAGCAACAGGAUGAUGCGUGUGGUUUUUGAAAUGGAGAACAUUAAGAAAUCAACAAAGAAACAGGUGCCUUUUAGAGCUCUAAAAAAGGGUCUCCGUAAGUUCAGACUUAUAAUUGACGACGAAGAAGAGGAAAAGAAAAAGAAAAAAGAGCAGGCGGAAAAACACAAAAUUGUAGAUGACGAUAAGAUGUCAGACCCGAAGACUUUGGAAACAAACAUCAUAUGGAACAAGAUAAACACCAGCGUUGUCGUAUCAAAAGCACAGAUGAUGAAGAUAGAGCAGAAGCUGGGAGCCUUUGUGAUGGAGAACAACAAAGAAAAGGAAAUAGUAAAUAAGAUGUUUGGCGAUGGAAUAGAUAGCUCAUAUGACAGCGGCAUAUCAUCAGACGAAGAGAGCAAAAAGGAAGGCGCGGGCAAGACACAGGAUAGCGAUCAACACAGCGAUUACUUCUCUGAUAAAAAGGCAGAGGCCCCCGAAGGAUGGCUCAGCUACUUCAAAAAUGCAGCAGGCGGCGCAAUGAGCGGCUUAAUGUCACGGUUUGUGUAG